AUGUCGUAUCUGAUAUACCAGAGUGACGAAAGUGUCCUUCAAGCCGAUGAGCUUCGUGCCACGGCAGCACAUUACCGCAAGAUCUCGCAUUGGGUCAGCUACUACAAGAAGCUGGGAGAGCAGAAUAGCAGAAUGGCACGUGAGAAGCUUCAACAGGAUAACGACAACCUGCGUAUUCAGAACGCGCAGCUGUCUUCAGAUCUCGAAGCCGCACAACGUGCAAUUCUGGACGCCAAAACCGCUAAUGGCAAUCUCAUCAAUGACCUUGAGACGGCGAAGGAUGCCGUCGAUACAUACAAGAAGUCCAACGUCCUGCUUCAAGAAGAAACCAGACGAUUGGCCGCGGAAGUCAGCGAGGAGCAAGCGGAGCACGCCAUUACCAGCGCUGAUCGCCAAGGUCUUGGUCACGAGGCUGGAGACCGCGUAAGGGAGUAUGAUGAAUUGUUCGCCUUGCACACAAGCAGCCUGGACGAGCUGGAGGCGGUCAAAACAACCUCUAACAGGAGGCAGACGAAACUGAAGUCAGUGAGAGAGACCUACCAGCAUAUGAAAGAUGAGAUUGAGCGCUUGAAGAUAAAUCAAGACACGCUUAUCACGGAGUUGUCGGUUCGCAAUGCCGAAGUGAGGCGACUACACACCAUUCGCGACCUUGUCAUCGACGCAAAGCGUUGGAGUGAGAUGCAGAACAGGCAAGAGAAAUCGGAAGGCGAAAUCGAGGACAAAGAUCGCGACAUCCGCAAUCUAGAUGCUACCAACAGCAAGGCCGCGACGUUGCUGGUCGAGGCAACCAAUGAAAUCUACAGGCUGCGCGCGCAAGCUUCCUCACUUCGAGCCGAGCUGAGUGAAACGGGAAAGCAGAUAAGUGAGAUAACGAGACUGGCCUCUAUCUCCGUCGCACAUUGCGAGGAUGCCGAAGAAAUCGAUGGUAUGCGAUGAUGUAUCAUUUCGGAUUGCGAAAUACUGACACUCAAUAGGCUCACAGUCAAGCCACUCUCUGAAGCGCAAGACCCCAACCAUUGAUGCUCCACAUGCAAAGCAUGCUCGACAAGACCAUUGA